AUGUCGAACAUUGAUUCCGCCUACGUUGGAGGCUAUCUUUUCUCCCUCGAAGCUGUCAAGCAUCUCCUCAUGAUGGCUUAUGGGGUGGAUGAGGAUGUCGCCACCCUCGAGACGGCACUGAGAGUGUUCUCUCUGCGUAUGGAUCUCGAGUCCCCCAACUUCGUCCCGUAUGGCCCUCUGGACAGAAACCAUGACUGCGCUCAGGGUUGGGUCUUGGGGUGCAGGCUUGCGUUCAUCCACCACGGGUCAUCUCCACUGGACGUCUCCUUGGACCGCAAGGCGCAAGCGUACGCCGACUACUGGUUUCCCGCACAUCUACGAGGCCUCGCGGAGUUCAAAGACGUUCAUUACGUGCAGUUCCGCUAUAGAAGAACUGCCUAUCAUGGUAUGCUUUUCAGCUACGGGUCCCUUUGGUGUAAAGCGAAGGAGUGCGCCGGGCAGAUGAAUUACGUAUGCCCCAGAAGGCGUGCGAAGUGGCUCAGGGAACAGGAGCAGCGAGGACAACUCUAUCCGUGCAUUUCCCCACCCCUUCCUUCUACUCUCUACGAAGAGGAGCCUUCGGAAAGCGAAAGCGAGACGGAAUCGAUCAUCGAGGGUGCUUCUACCUUCAAGUCACGAGCCCCUCAGACGAUCUGGGCAGCUCUUAGGCUCCACGUUGAAUAUUCUAUCUAA